AUGAUGGACUUUGGCCUUCCCGCCACCGUCCACGGAUCAGUCCAGACGCACAACACCACAUACGGAUCAGUCCAGACGCACAACACAGACGAAUCAGUCCAGACGCACAACACCACAGACGGAUCAGUCCAGACGCACAACACCACAGACGGAUCAGUCCAGACGCACAACAUCACAGACGAAUCAGUCCAGACGCACAACACCACAGACGGAUCAGUCCAGACGUACAACACCACAGACGGAUCAGUCCAGACGCACAACAUCACAGACGAAUCAGUCCAGACGCACAACACCACAGACGGAUCAGUCCAGACGCACAACACCACAGACGGAUCAGUCCAGACGCACAACACCACAGACGGAUCAGUCCAGACGCACAACAUCACAGACGAAUCAGUCCAGACGCACAACACCACAGACGGAUCAGUCCAGACGCACAACACCACAGACGGAUCAGUCCAGACGCACAACACCACAGAGAAAACAGGGACUUUGUGA